GAGUGAAGUGAGAGGUAACAGGCAGAUCGUUAACAUGGUUGGUGGCGGAGGGAGGGAGAAAACUGGUGACUGGCCCGCCCACUCAUGCCCCCUUGCCUUAUAAAGAACCUCAAUUAUGGGAAAGACCCUCUAAGAGAGUUGAGCCAAGCACCCGGAACAGCACACUAAUAGCCGGGACGAGUGAGAGACAGAAAGAGGGUGUGAGAGAAAGAGAGAGAGAGUAUUAUAAGACGCUGCAUUCAUGGAUGAACAGGGAGAAGUAAAAAUGAAGAACCCAUGCCACAGGCCAGUGUUCAUCUUUCUGACUGUUAUUAUUUCCCUGGGAAUCAUUACCAUGGUGUCCAUUUCUGUCGUCCAGAACAAGCCUUUACUCAAGAAGUAUAAGUAUGGAAUAGUUCUGGAUGCUGGUUCCUCCCACACUUCAGUGUUCAUCUAUGAAUGGCCAGCAGAGAAGGAAAACAACACAGGCAUGGUACAGCAGAAACACACCUGCAACGUGAAAGGUAAAGGCAUCUCCAGUUAUUCAGUUAACCCACAAAAGGCUGGCACAUCCCUGCAGGAUUGUAUGGAGGAGGCCAAGAAGAUAAUACCUGCACACAGACACAGGGAAACUCCAGUAUAUCUGGGGGCCACAGCAGGCAUGCGAUUACUCAGGAUGGAGAAUGAAGUGGCCUCAGACAAGGUCCUUGAUUCAGUAGCACAUUCUCUGCAGACGUCCCCCUUCUCCUAUCAGGGAGCUCGUAUCAUUUCGGGCCAAGAGGAGGGAGCUUUCGGCUGGAUCACUGUUAAUUACCUCAGCGAAAACUUGAAAAAGGCCACUGGUACCCUUGGAGCUCUGGACCUUGGUGGGGCAUCUACUCAGAUAACCUUCGUUCCUAAGCAGGAAAUUGAAUCAAAUGACAAUUCAAUUGACUUUAGGCUGUACGGAAAUGAUUAUCGCCUAUACACCCACAGCUUUCUCUGUUAUGGGAAGGACCAGGUCCUUAAGCUUUCUAUGGCUGAGAAAUUAUGGUCAACACAUGCAGUUGAUAAGACAGACCCCGUUGAGUUAAUGGACCCUUGCUUCCACCCAGGAUAUAAGGUCAACAAGACAUUUCAGAGUCUCUUCGACACCCCCUGUAUAGACAAAUUGAAUACCCUGCCAAAUAAAACCUUAACCCAUGUGGGGUUGGGGGAUUGGUCAAAGUGCCAACAAUCAGUGAGAAAGGUUUUUAACACCAGCCUUUGUGAAUACUCAAGAUGCUCUUUCAAUGGUGUUUUCCAGCCUUCUGUAGAUGGAAACUUUGGGGCUUUUUCUGCUUUCUACUUUGUAAUGAACUAUUUGAAUCUGACCUCUGACACAUUAGACAAUACAAAGCAGAAACUGGCAAGCUACUGCUCCACCCCAUGGGAAAAGAUUGUAGAAAAUCAUCCCAAUAUAAAGCAGAAGUAUCUUUCCGAAUACUGCUUCUCAGGAACAUACAUUCUGACUCUUCUGGAAGAUGGAUACAAAUUUACCUCUAACAACUGGAAAGACAUCCGUUUCAUUAAGAAGAUAGGAGAAAGUGAUGCAGGCUGGACUUUGGGUUACAUGCUAAACCUAACCAACAUGAUCCCAGCUGAAGCUCCAGACACACCCCUGAUGCCUCACGGGGGAUACGUCAAAUUUAUGCUCCUCUUCUCACUUCUAAUAUUUGUUCUCUUGUUUCUGGCUUACAUGUACUUCCGUCAUUCCACUAGGACAGCCCAGAAAGACAUUAUUUAGCUCGACAAUGACAGGGCUAUUAUGCUGUGAUCUCUUAACAUUGAAUGUUUGGUAACACUUUACAAUAAGGUUCCAUUUGUUAACAUUACUUAACAUGAAGUAACUAUGAACAAUACUUUUACAGCAUUUACUAAUCUAGGUUAAUGUUAGUUUCAGCAUAUACUAAUACAUUUAAUUCAAAAUCAAAAGUUGUAUAUGUUAACAUAAGUCAUUGCCCUGUGAGCUAUAUUUACUAACAUUAAGAUUAAUAAAUGCUGUAAUAUAUAUUGUUCAUUGUUUGUUAAUGAUACCUUAUACAUUAACUAAUGUUAAUGAAUGGAACCUUAUGGUAAAGUGUUACCAAAUGUUUAUUUCCGCAGGAUGUAAUCUGUACGAUCCAAAAAAAUGUCUCAAUGCUGUUCUUAAGUUCUUGUGAAAAUCAGUCUUGUCUAACUAUCUUGAAAGAGCAAACUUGGAAGACAUGAGGACGUAAAACGAAUCUAUGCUAGUUUUAAGAUGUGCCGCGAUAUGUAUAUUCAACAACUUCUUAACUAUUUUCUUUUUUUGGAGGUGGGUGAUGAUGUCAAACAAGUCCACAAGAACACAAAAAGAACAGACAUUGGGAAACAGCAAAUGUUUUGACUUGAUUUAAAGGGACAGUUCAAGCAUAAAUUAAGAUUCUGUCAUCAUUUACUCAACCUCAUUUUACAUUUCAAAGAAUUUGGAUGUUAUACCUCAAGUGAAGGAUAAACAGGCUUUGUGAGAGUUUUGAGUUACAGGUUCCAUUGACACUGAAGGGGCAUCAGAGGAAAGAUGAGUUUUUUCUAUUCCUAUACUAUUGUGUUUUUUAUGACAACUUCAGGUUGCCACUGUAAAUCUCUUAGAAGCACAGGUUUUAGCUUUGGGGAGCUGGGUCAAGAGGGUUGCAAGGCUUCCUUAAAGGAGACCUAUUAUGCCCCCUUUUUACAAGAUGUAAUAUAAGUAUCAGGUGUCCCCAGAAUGUGUCUGUGAAGUUUCAGCUCAAAAUACCCCACGGAUCAUUUAUUAUACCAUGUUAUAAAUGCUUCUUUUUGGGUGGAAUCAAAAACACGCUGUUUUCUUGUGUGUCACUUUAAAUGCAAAUGAGUUGCUGCUCCCCGCCCCCUUCCCGGAACAGGGCUGUGCCUUUACAGCUGGUGCUUCGGAUACUAUAGCAACAACAAAUCAGAACCAAUAUGACUGACACCAUAAAUACCAGUGUUUUUCAGCCAUUUAGCAUCGAUGGAUGAGCAACACAAAAAUAUACUGUAAUGACGUUAGCUAUGCGCUAUAACGAGACAUGACAUUUUAGGGGGUUGUCUUGCAUAAUGCGAUUUGCAAACAUUCACAAAAUAUAAAGUGUGAUACUUACAUCUUCAGGAUAUAAAGCUGGAACACGAACAGUUGGUACUGAUCCAUGCUUGAGAAUCAAAUAUUUAGAAAAGCCUGCUUUAUAUUGACCCUCAUUCACAAAGCAGUCCGGUGUAAAAUGAUUUGCUCAAACAUACACAAAUUUUGGUAUGUUUUGGGGAACACUUUCUUCAAAAACAAAACUUGUCCACUGCGUCUUCAGUGGCUCUGAUGCCAGGAGUACAUGAAGACACUUAUGUUCACUUUUACAGCCUACAACAGAACACGUAUUACGCUUAUGAAGCUGAGACAUUAUUCUUCUCAAUGUAGCUGCUCCAGCGCGGAAAAAAAUGGCGGACUGUGUGUUGAUCACUCAGGGGAGGAUCUAUGAUUAUAGGGUGGAGUCCGUCACCAGUCGUGGGCGUGGCCUGCUCUAAAGUGAGGUCACUUUGGAGCAGAUACCAAAACCAGUCAUUUUGAAACACUGUUUUUGAUUAAUAAAAAUAUAAGAAAGAUGAGUGGGUGGACUUUUAACAUUGUAAGGUGGUUGUGUACACAUUUAUGUUCAAACACCAUGUAAAAGUGAAUUUUGCAUAAUAGGUCCCCUUUAAAGGAAAAGUGCAAUGACAUACAGUAUAUUGUGUGGGUGAAGCUCAAUCAAAGGCAUUUCUGGCAUUAUGUUGAUUACCUAAAAAAAAUAUUUAGAAUUGUCCAUCCUUUAAAAAACAAAGAAAAAAAAUCAAGGUUACAGUGAGGCACUUACAAUGGAAGUGAAUGGGGCCAAUCUUUGGGGGGUUUAAAGGCAGAAAUGUGAAGCUUAUGAUUUUAUAGAAGCACUAACAUUAAUUCUUCUGUUAAAACUCAUAAAUUAUUUGAGCUGUAAAGUUGUUUAAAUCAUUUAAUGGGAUUACAUAGUUUACAGCGUUACUAUGUCGCCAUGUCAAGGAAGUUGGAAAAAUUGGACAACUGUACAGAGAAAAGGUUAGUAAGUGAUUUUAUCACUAAAAUCAUGUUAGCACGCAUAUUUUUUAUGUCUUGUGGCUAUACUUUUGAGUAUUUUAACAUUUAUGGAUUGCCCCUUUCAAUUUUAGUGCCUAAUUUUUAACCCCAAUUAUUCCUUUUUUUUUUUUUUUUUUUUACAGAAAAGGAACAAGUCAAAAUUAAUUUUUGUGGUCAUCAACAUUAUGCAGCAAAUGCUGUCGAUUGAGCUUAACUUGUAUUGAACCCGGAAUAUUCCUUUAAAUCUUUUAUGAAGGUUUUUCUUGAUGCCAGUAUCUUUUACUCUUUUAGUUAUUAUAAAGAAAACUCUGUAAGGACUCUAGUUGUACCUCCCUAAUUUUAAUUAUGGUCAUAUGGAUAUCAUUGUGUUAAACACAAUAAAAGCUUCCAGCAUAGCAUAUUUUUAUGAAUUGACAAUUGAGGGCCUUGUUGUUAGGGUUGUUACUGCAUGAUUUGGCUCUCUUCCUGUGCUUACCGUUUCUUGCUUUUUAUUGCAUUUAUUUUAUCAUACCACAGGAGCGUUAAAAUCAUAAUUUGUGCUCAAAAUAUUAGAUCUUAUCUGCUUCUGUAAGGCACAUUCUGUAUGUGAAAUUCCUGUGUAUGGCUCUGAAAUAUGUAAAAUAAUGUGAAUUCUGAUUUUGUUUUUAUAUAUUUAAACAACACCUGCAAAUUUCUAUAUUAAAUCAAAAAAAUGUGAUU